AUGGAAAACGACAGCAGCUGUGAGAAAGAGACGUUGCUCGCAGACCCUCAGGGGCGUUCGCGGUCUAAGCCGCAGAGCCCACCAUCACAUCCAGAGAGACAUCGAACGUUAUUACUGAUCUCUGCCUUUCUGAUCACCAAUUUGUUGUCUUUUCUCAUCGGCUGUAGCUUGAACUGGGCAACGGUGGGAUCGACCGCAUUCUCGCACUCCACGCUAGAUAUCGAGAAAGAUGGCGUGUACUACGACAUGGACCGCAAAACUUUGCAUGAGACGACCUUCGAACCUUUCUCAUAUGUAAUGAGCAAAUACGCAACUCCUGCAGGAGGGGAGAUCGAUGUCGACGCAGAAUGGGAAGCACUUGGAGCGAACCACGAAGUAUUCUUGAUUCCACCAGGCCAUGAAGCCGCCUUCGAUCUCCGACCCGAACACGUUCUCUAUGCCCCUGAGAUGGUCUCCCACCCUCCUGGAGUCAUAUCAGAACCGGGAUACCCUGCUACAAUCCAAGCAAUCCACCAACUCCACUGCCUCAACCUCCUUCGAAAAUCCCUCUGGUUCAACGCGGACUACUAUCGCAACGAGGCGAAGGGCUCCUGGGGUCACAAUCAGACCGAUGCCGAUGUUCAGGUUCACGUCGGGCACUGUCUCGAUGCCAUGAGACAGGUGGUCAUGUGCAACGCCGAUACGGAUGUCGUGCCACUACUCUGGUUCACGGAACAGGGACGAACGAUCUCUGAUUUUGCAAGAAACAAGCAGUGUCGGAACUUUGAGUCCGUCACGGCUUGGUCGGAGAAGCAUCAAGUCAAGGCCCUUGAGUCGGCUGUGCUUGAACCUCCACCAGAUUUCACGCUGGCGCACAUUGCUGGGACUGAGUACAAUGCUUGUUUCGUCAUAUGA